GAUACACUUUAAGUUUAGAGAACCAUGUCAGAAUUGAUACCACUUUUGUCAAAUUAUAUCAAUAAAUCUUAUUGCACCCAACGUAGGUUGGGAAAUGGUUUGGAUUGAUGGAUUUAACAACAGCUCCGCAGCUCCGUAAUCCGAUCGUAACGUCAUAUUUUCGCUCAUAUUCGUCAUCUUCUUGAAAGGAACCAGUUGGUUCUUACGUCCGUUAGGGGCGCUGCUUAGUUUUCAUAGAAACUCGAUGCGAUACGAUUACGGGACUGUCAAAAUUCAUGCCUGUCAAUGUCAUCAUCAUCAAUAAAAUUGUUGUAAUGUAAAUGCGAAUUUUCUUUGCGACUUUAAUUUUCUUUGGAUAGUUUCUAAAUAGAAUUCUGUUUUAACAAAUAAAAUCAUGUUUUAUUAACCUGAACUUGCUGUUACUUCGUUCGAGGUGAAGAAAUAGAUACAAAUUGAAGAAUUUCAUUCAAGAUUCGUAAGUGUUUGAGCCAUCAAAAUGUCGGGGAGGCUAACUCUUGGCCAGCGCGUGAUGGUUAUGGCGAAAGAUGUAAAAGGUUCUGUGGCUUACGUCGGUAAACCAACUUUCGCUUCUGGAAAAUGGAUUGGAGUUAUCCUGGACGAGCCGAAAGGGAAGAACAACGGCACAGUCCGCGGGCACGCUUAUUUUAGGUGUGAAGAAAACUAUGGAGUGUUUGUGCGUGAGUCCCAAAUUCAGUUGCUGGAUGCAGAUGACAACCCGAUGGAGACCUCCAUGACUGCUUCUACCGAAGAGCCGAAAUCUACAUCGUCCAACAGGAGACUGAGCAGUUCACGCACUUCACUGGCUAGCAGUCGGCAGUCUUUGACGUCGUACGCAUCGCCUACCACCGAACGAGCGGUGUCACCAGACUCGGCGGCGAAGAACAGAGCAUCUUUUGUCGAAACUGGGUUCGUGGAGACACUGACACCUCAGUACACACCGGGGCAAAGCAUCACUUCACCGCAACCUGUGUCGUCAAAUGAAGACAAGCUGGCCAACAUACAAGCACAGCAAGAGAUAACGCAAUUGAAAUCCGAAGUGGUAGACCUGAAUGAGAAGCUGGAGACUUUGAAAGUGCGUCGCGCAGAAGAUAGAGAGAAGAUAAGAGAACUGGAGAGAGUCCGUUUACAGUUGGACCAGGCCAAUGAGUUUAAAUCCAGGAUUAUGGAGUCGCAGGCGCAACUGCAGAGAGACUUGCAAAGGGCUAAACAAGAGGUGCGCGAAGCCCAAGAAGCUUUAGAAGCUCAUAAUGACGAAACCGCCGAACUCCAAGAGGCCGCAGAGAUGGCAGCACUGGACAAGGAAAUGGCAGAAGAAAGAGCCGAAGCUCUCCAGCUGGAGUUGGAGCAGUGCAGGGAGAAGCUGGAGGAAGCCACCCUGGACCUGCAGCUCAUGAAGGCGGAGAUGGAAGCGGGGGGGAAUAUACAGCACCCGUACGCGGCCGGCGAGGCGACCGGAUACGAGAUGCGACAACUUCAGCAGCAGAACACGAGGCUAAGAGACACCCUGGUGCGACUAAGAGAUCUCUCCGCGCACGAUAAGCAUGCAAUGCAGAAGAUGCAUAAGGACUUAGAGCAAUACAAAUCCGAGAUAGCAGAACUCAGUCGCACCAAGGAAAAGCUCUCCUCAAGGGUUGAAGAGUUGGAGGCGCAGGUGGCUGACUUGAGGGAGCAAGUGGAUGCCGCCCUAGGUGCUGAGGAGAUGGUGGAACAGCUGGCUGAGAAGAAGAUGGCCUUGGAAGACCAGGUGGAACAGCUGAAACAGGACGUGUCUGAGCUGGAGGCUCUUCAGGAAGUUCAUGAACAGCUGGUGGAGUCCAACCGGGAGCUGGAGAUGGAUCUGCGCGAAGAGUUGGAGAUGGCGCACGCGGCCACCAGGGAGUCGGUGCGUGAAAGAGAAGCGGCUUUAGAAACAAUAAUGGACAGAGACGCGACGAUACUCAAGUUCAGAGAAUUAGUUCAGAAGAUGACAGAGCAGUACAAUGAGAUUCGCACUCAACUGGAGUCCAAGCAAGGAUCACCAGCACCAAGCGAGCAGGAGUCCACCCCAGAACCAGCCGCUAGAUCCUCGCCUCCAGUGGAACUGGGUUCCUUAGUCCACCUGUCCAGGGCAUCCACCAGGUCUAUAGAUCUGCAGCUGCGCGCCUUGCAGCUGACUCAGGCCGGGGCCAGGGCUGAUAUGCUGGCCGCCUGCCUGCCCGACCACUUCAUGACCACUUCCGGUGACCACGACGCAAUUAUGCUUUUAUUGCUGCUCCAAAGGUUGAACACCAAAGCGGAGAUCAUAUUAGGGCAAAUUCGAGAGAGGUUCCCAGCGGUGAACGUGUGGGAUCGGGAGGCUGUCACCAAGACCCAUACAGCUGUUCAGUACAGUUUCCGAUGCCAAUUGGAGUACCAACUUCAUAUGAUACAGUGUAUGGUCGCGAUGUGGACUGCAGCGCUAGACAGCUGCACCCCGGAUAUACUAUUACGCGCUGCUAGCGCUUUACCCGACGCUGUGCAGCAAGAAAAGGCGCUAGAUGCAGCGACGCAGCUGCUGAAGAGCAACGAAUUAGACGAGAACUGUUCUUUGGAUGGCAUGGAACGUUGCUGGACCUACUUAUCGGCGAUGUGGUCAGCUCUAAACCUGAACUCUGUGGAGGGCGCUUCAGUAGACAGAGCCGCGGUAUUGCAUACAAGUUGUGCUCUGGACGCGCUAGCGAGAGCCUUACAAGCGGAUGCUACUGCCCUUACGCACGUGCUACAGACGUCAGAGCGGCAACAAGAAUUGGGCCAACUCCACGAAGCCAUAAGCAACUCCAGCGCUUCCCUACAACAACAGUUGAAGAGUGUCAGGAGACGGUUGCCGCCUGGUGUGAGGCUGCAUACGGUGCCUAUCGAUGUGCAGUUGGUGGAAAGAUUACGCGGCGACUGCGCCAGCGCCCUCUGGCGUUGCGUGCGCGCCGUGUGCCUCGCGUCCCGGGCCGCGUGCGCAUGCGCCGCCACCGCCGGGGACCGCGGCGAGCCCGCGCCCCUGCCCCACGCCACGCUGGCCCAGCUGUGGGCCGCCAGCGUGGACAAGGUGUACCAGCAGGACGACCACGGCCCCGUUCGGACCAUAAAGCACGCGUUAGCCCAAGUGGCAGCUGACGUCACUAAAUUGGCGACAUUCGCGCAAGACAAGGAAUACGACAUGAUGUCACUAACCAACGUACACACCGACAAGCCGACACCGCCAGUGGUGAUUCGCGCCCAGUUGGUGAAGAAGCAGCUGGAUGAGACCAAGACCCUCACCAUCAAGCUGGAGAACAAGGAAGCCGACAUCAAGGAGCUCAGGAAGGCACUCAAGGCUAAACAAGAGGAGUUAUCAGAGAUGCAGAUCCGAAGAGAGCUAGGCGAAAGGAAGCUGACAGCAGCAGCAAGAGACUCGGAACUGCGAGCUGAACAGCUGCAGAGGAGAUUAGAAGAUGCCCAGAACCAACUCAAGAGGAAAGAGAAAGAGUUCGAAGAGACAAUGGACCAUUUGCAACAAGACAUAGACUCUUUAGAGAGCGAACGAGGCGCGUUGCGGGACAAACUUAAACUGUACGCGAAACGAGGAGGCUCUCACCACGCGGUGUCGCCGGCGCCUCCACACCGGGAUUACUCACAAGAGACGCCGGUGAAGGUGGUGCCAGGCGUGGCUGCCGGCGAGGUGAACGAAGCUCUGCAGCAUCAACUGAAGGUGCUAAGCUGGACGGUGGAACGCGAGCGCGCAGCCCGCGUGGCCGCAUGCCGUCGGGCUGAACGAGCUACCCUUCGGAGCCUCCGCCCCCUGGAGCACCCGGGCUGCGCCCCUGCACUCGCCCGCAGGCAGGCCGCUGCCGCGCUGGAAGCCCGGCUGGCUGCCCUGCACACUGAAUGGACCUUGUUCGUGGCUCGUUCUGGCUUAGUGAAGUUCCCUGAGGAGCCAGGGAAGUACGCGAGAGCUCUGCAACAGCACAAAGAGAAGCAGAAGGAGAUCAGGAGACAACUGGAGGAACGUCUAUCCGCAUUGCAAGCUGAGGUGCGCAGCCAGAUAAUGUUGCAUCGGCCGUGGCGUUGCGUCGAAGCUGACUUCGCCGAGUUUCCGACCAGAGAGCUUGCACAAGCACUGACGGGCAAGGCGUUGGAAUUAGGCACCAUACAAUACCCAGCUCCCGCAAGCGAUGCCCAGUCAGAAGACACUAUAUACGUCACUCCAGCUCAGCUCUCAAGGUUACGAGAAAUCGUGUCGGAGUUGCAAUCGGACGACGUAAAACUAGAACUGGCGCCUUUAGACCAAACAGUGUGCGCUGCGUAGAAGUUAUAUAAUACUAAAUUAAUGCAAUCAUAUUAGUUACACUAAAUUAUAUUAAACGCUUAUUAAUAAACCCGUUUUCCAUUUAAUAACUAGUUCAUGUAUCAUUUAUUCACAUUAUAAGGAAUUUUGGCGAACGCAAAUAGUUUAUUUUAUUGUAUUUAGUAGUAUCAUCAGCGUAUUCAUUGAUAUAAUAUUGGCUGGAAUACAAACAUUAAUAUAUACAUAUAGAUGUAAAUUGAUCAUGAGACCACGAGAUGGAGAUGAUGGUGAUGAUCACAUGUAUGGGUAUGAAACUCCCAUGAAAAAUAAUGAAAUUACACUUUGAACUAAAAAUUCCACUUCGUUAAAGGUGUUCUUACACCCAGUAUAAACAAAUAUUGUUCAAAAUUUUGAUCUACAUUCAUGGCUAAACACCGAUUAAUAUUUAGCGCUAAAUGUUUAUGUAGAUUGCUUGAAAUUAUUUUCUUAACGUAACAGAAGUCUUGACCAUAAAUAUACAUGUAAUUGUAAUUAUUUAUGGUGCAAGAUAUAUUGUGUAUUGUUUAGGAAUUUUCUUUCAUUUUCAGAUGGUGCUUUAAGAGAUUAUUAAAUAGGCUUUCUUAUUUUUUUUAAUGAUACUUUAUUUCACUAAAGGCUCUGGCGUUUUUAAUACGCUCGUAAAAAUCACGACGUUACAAUUUGAAUGACGAAAUUUUAUGAAUUUUAAGAUAUAACUAGAAUCACAAAACACGGAAAGAGGUUAUAAGGGCCUUGUGGGUGGGGCUGGCACGCCACAGUCAUGUAUGAGCAAAUGCUCAUAAGUUGAUUUUAAAAUCAAUAUUAAAAAAAAUAAAAAUCUGUCUACGCUGCAGGGCACGCAAAGAUGCGAGUGUUGUUGUUUAUAUCGUAAGCCUCUAUAGUCUAUGGUGGCUUACCAUAAAGCCCAUACGCUUGUUUGCCACCCUUUUAACAUAAAAAAGAAAGCCGGCAGUGUCCGCAAAUCCUUUAUUAGAUAAUCUUAGUUGGUAACAAUUUGCAUAGAUCAUAUAAGAAGCUGGCGAACAAAAUGGAUAGAUACGACACAUAUGGUCAAAAUACUUUUUUAAAACUUCUUUACGCACGCUUGACUUGGGGAAUAAGCUGGCGAAUGCGUUACGCGUUACGAAAAGUGUGUUCGGGCGAGGCGAACGGGAGUUGAGUGGAGGAUAUAAGCAAGAGAAUGCAGUGUGCGCGCACAUUUUCUUUCUCUCUUUCUCUUAUAACUAGUAAAUUAAAUAUGUAUAUGUACACACAUGUAUAUAUUGUUCACACAUAUAUGGAGAGAUGGAUUGUGAUGGAGUUAAAGAAGUUUUACUUCAGUCGUAUGGUCAUAAGCACACUCGUUUUUUUACAGUCCGGAGGUUUUGGGCCCGCUGAAUUUGAAUUUCAACUCAUUUUCAGUCAAAACGCCUAAAACAGUGUUAAAAUUACCAAAAAUAACUAAUUAAAAACCACUCGAAAGGAUCACUGUAGGUAUGUUCAAUUAGUUUUCUACUGUUUCUAUAAAUUAAUUUUAUGUAAUUAAUACUGUUUUGUUCGCCAGCUACUCAAAAUAUUAGCAUGACAAAACUACUUACAUUGGCACUAAAAAUCCCAUUUUUUUAAUAACGAAUGUAGGAGAAGUUUUUUAUUUACUCUUGUUCUUAUACCAUAGAAUAAAUUAAACUUGUAUAAGAUCUAAUUAAUAACCGGUUGUUUUGAGUAGAUAUCAUUUUCACCUCCAACAUGUGAUAUAAAAUGAUUUUUUUCCCGUUAAAAUUUAUUAAAUAUAUUGCACUAUUGUUAUUAUUUGUAUAUAAUGAUGUCACUAUUAUAUUAACCGAAUACUUAAUAAUAGUAAUUAUUAAAAAUUGUACUUAGUUAAUUAAAUAAACUCUUAUUUAUUAUUGACUUAUUGUUUUAUUUUAUUAGUACUUGUAGAUGUCCCUUGUCUAUAAAUUUUGUUACGUAAUCUUUGGCUGGGUUCUUGGCAAGAUAUCACGGUCUCUCGCAAAUCACAUACUUGCUUAAAUUUUUUGUUUAAUUAUUCGCAUUGAAAGUAAAUAAAUAACAUACAAUACACAAUAACAUUAUUAUUGAGAACAACCAAAUAAAACUUAAGAGCGUUCAUCCAAUGACAUUUUGACUGUUGUCGAGCAUUCUGAGCUUGUAUGAGACUGCUUUUCACACCAUAUGCAUGUUUGAGCUCUCUCAAGAUGAUGUUCCUUAAUUUACUCCUUUUUGCCUGU